CAGGCUUGCACUGACCUUUCUUACGUCCUGCUUUACUUGCGUUUCCCUUGCUGCUGGCCUUCUGAGUUAAAAGGUGAAGGAUAUUGGCGAGAGCAUUUGGAUUCUUAGCAGUGCAUUCCAGUUCGUUCUGCACAAGUGGACUGGCGUAUGGCGAUGGUGCAGAGACUACACUCGGAAUUCAUUAGACCUAUGGCGCUCGACAGCGGGCAGAGCGACAGUUCAGCUCUCGACUUGGUGCACAAUGCCUACCGCAAGCUCGAGCACGAGGAGCUCGUCCUUUUCCUCAAAGUACGUUCAUUACCGACGACGGGGAGCGACUCCGAACUGGCUUCACGGCUAGCGCACUACGACAUCCACACAUUUAAUAUCCCCGAGUUGUACAUUAGCCCAAGGACUAGCCCGAACCCAACGCUGAAGAGCGUUAGCAGAGCAAGCUUCCAUGCAUCCCCACCCUCGCCGCCUGACUCUGUAUCCCUUCCCCCUUCGUUACAUUACCCGCAAAAGUCUGUGAAAGCACGACAGCAGAUCAUGGCCCCCGACCUCCCGGUAGAGUUGAUCGCAGAGAUCAUGGACCGCCUGGGCGACUGGGAGCUGUGCAAGGCAGUCGGCGUGCCCACCUCUUUACCGCGGCCCCUCUCCUGGGCACGGGCGUCAUCCACCGACGAGGCCAUGCUCACAGGCUACCUCCCUUUAAUCCGGUCGGUCGACCCCGGCGCGAACCCGCCCACCAAGGUCGGCGCCAGCCUCGCCGUGCGCUUCGGGUAUGUCCAUGUCCUGGCCUACUUCUUCCUGCAUCAUCGAGACAUCUUCCUGGAGGUGUUCUGUCCGCACAAGACGAUUCCCACCAUCGCGUCGAAUAGCGGGCGCACGGCGGUUUUGUCGUGGUUAAAACACACUUUGGAUGCGAACCCAGAUUUACCGCGGCUGCAGCCGAAAGUGAUUGCGGAGUGUAUUGAUGGAGCGUCCCGGCACGGCCAGGUCGUUUCCCUAGAUUGGUGGCUGCAGUACUCCGAUCUCGCCCAAGAACCUAUAGCGCACCCAGUUCCAUUCGAGUACACUGAAUACGCCUUGGAGUUCGCCUCUGCGAAGAACCACUUGUCGGUCCUCCAGUGGUGGAAAACACACCACCUCUCUCCGCCGCACCUCUCUCUAAAACCCGGUCGUUCCCUCGACUUCGCCUCCACAGCAGGCAACAUCGAUGUGCUUAACUGGUGGGCGACGUCGUCAUUAGAAUUCAAGUACGAUAAAUCUGCGAUGUACCUCGCGAGCUGUCACGGCAAGGUCGACGUGCUCAAGUGGUGGCUGCAGAGCGGGCUGCGGCUGCAGUACGACGGGGAGGUCCUUGUCGGCGCGACGAAGCACAACCGGCCAGAGGUGCUCGAGUGGUGGGACAAGAGCGGGCUGGAGGUGCAGUACCGGAUGUGUGACGUGGAAGAGGCGCUCGAAGAUGCGAUUGGGGGUGGCGAGCAGGCGAGGGAGUGGUGGAGGCGGAAAGGUGUUGACUUCAAUACGACGGAUAAGGAGUGGACGCAACUGAGGAAUCUCAACUGA